UUGUUAAAUCUUGAUAACAUAAUAACAUACCAACACCACCCUUUAUUUUUAGGAAGAAUCUAAGUAUGAGAUUUCACGUACCCCGCUGCCGUGCACUAGAACUAAUUUAUCUUUACGCAUUGGUAUUGAUUAUCUGUCUGUAUUUGUCUCGAUUCGGCAAGCGCUCUGAAUUCUCCAGAUUUUCUAAAAGUUUUGAAGUGAAGACAGUUGGCUCGGUAUCGGAAGGGUCCAAGUGGCUCGGGUAUUACUCGACACCAGUUAUCGGAGUGGUAUCACAAGAUGUGAAGCUAAAAGAGCUGGUGUCAGUGAGUGAAAGUUCUGCAAUAUCUGCGGACGACUUGCACGUCAUACCCACCUCAGUUGUGAGAUGGCUCCAAUUAUCAGGAGCACAAGUCGUACCGAUACCAAGUGACCUACCUCUUGAUCGGCGGAAUGAAGUUUUAAACUCAGUCAACGGAAUUGUCAUUUACAGUCAGGAUCAUUUACAAGAAUCAAGUUGGAUUUUUGAAGCUCUUGAUCAAACAGAAAACAAACCAGUAUGGAUUAUUGAUGAUGUAAAAUUAAAGGGUCCACCCACUGCUGAUGCACGCAUGGAACCUAAUAACACCAAACUAAAUUUGAAUGCAUCAACAGUGAACGACCACUUUAGUCCACCACUCGACCUCCAGGAAAUAGAAGCUCUGUCCAUUCUAUCACAGUCCCUAAAAGGCAACAUACCUUUUGAUUUGACAUGUCUGGACUCAUCCUACCUGGAUGCAUCCCAGUCCUUCAAAAACUUCAUACCUGUCAUAUCAGACCAAGAAUGUAAUUUAUUAAUGAAACAUGUCAAUCUCUCUCAUUACCUGUCCCCAACCCCACACUAUCUGAGCUCCCAGGGUAAUGAAAACCAUAGGAUUGUUCAACAAUUCGCAGGAAACUUUUUUGUCAAUAGAUCAAAAACUAUUAAUACUUACUUCAAGGAAUCAGUACAAUUCCAUUCAAAGAACAUCGAAAAUUUCCCAACGAUUGUCGACAGUUUUGGGAAUAGUUUUUAUGUUGUUAAAAAGCUUUCUUUUGAUAUUCCCUGCUUAGGAAAAAACUUUAACUACAUUUGUUGAUAAGGUAUUGUAUAAUGUAAAAAUCGAUCAUUGAAAUUACGAUUUAGAUUGUAAAUGCACUCAAUCAGCUUUAAGCACUUAACUAAGUCGGCUAAUAUGUAGUAUAAUAUACGUCCCAAUUCCGUUUCAUAUUUUCCAUACUGAUCUCAUAUAGCUGAGUGACGAGAUCACUGACUGAGUGCAGAGAUCACGUAUCCGGCGGAUUUUGAAGUGUCAUAACUCAGCUAAAUUUUAAACAAUGAACUUGAAACUUUGGGAAAGGUUUUAAAUUAUCAAGCCAAAUGUGUACAACAAAUUUUGAUUUCCUAGCCUAAAGCGUUCUCAUUUUAUGAAGACAGUAGUGAAAAAGAGUGAGACGAAUUACGUGAGUUAUUAAAGGGUUGCACGUGGGUAGUUACUUUUAGGCCACCUGUAUAUUAUUAUUACAUACAAAAUGUGCACUAAACAGAAGACAUUUUGAAAUUUUCUGAUAUUUUGUUUUAUUUCUCGCUUCUUAGCUUCGAAAGAUUUCGCAAAAUUAAAGGUUUCAGUUAAAUGAAUUAAAUUUUCGAGUUAGUAAUACUAAUGAUUAAAAGAUAUCGCUUUUUUAAUACGAAUUUGUAUAAAUAAAAGUUAGUUCAUGUAUCAGUAUGUCCUUUUUAAUUUCUUAGUUGAUUUAUGCGAGAUGAGUCAACAAUUGUAAGCCUAAUGUUGAUCAAUUUUACUGUUAAUAUUUGUUGUUAUCUUUUAAACAAUAAUUUUAGAUAAUGUGCACA